AUGAUGGCCCCAUCUUCUGCUUCUUCUGUGACGCCAAAGAUGAUGACGUCGAAGCCCAACGUAUUCAAGCGAUUCGACGUCUUUUCCGACCACUCAGACCACCACUACGUCAACAACAAAAAUGGCUGCGGCGGCGGCGGCUGGGUCCGGAAGAAGAUCAUGCAGGAAUGGAAGAUUCUGGAGAAGUACCUCCGGGAUUCCAUCUACGUGCGAGCCUACGAGACCUGCAUCGACCUCCUCGGGGUCGUCGUUGUCGGAGCCUUCGGCACGCCCUACCACGACACGCUCUUCUUCUUGGACAUCACCUUCCCCUUUGAUUACUCGACCCGCCCGCCCAAGGUCCACUACCACUCAUUCGGACUGAGGCCCAACCCGAACCUCUACGCAAGCAGGAAAAGGGCAGGAAAGGUGGGACCUAUCUCAGUCGAUGAUCCUCCAGGUUUUGGUGUCGAUCCAAGGCCUGGUUCUCAACAAGGAGCCCUACUUCAACGAAGCGGGAGCUGGGAACCGGUUUGGAUGCGAGGCGUCUCGGGCCUACAACGAGAAAGUUUUCAUUUUGACUUGCAAAACGACGCUGUAUUUGCUCCGGAAGGCGCUGCUGAAUUUCAAGGCUUUCACCGCCGCGUUCAUAUAUGGGGAGUGAGCUAA